AUGGGGAGGGUGUGUCCUUACCUGUGGGGACGUGCGGACAGUGCUGACGAUGGACUUUUCCUCCCCAGGUGCACGUUCAGGUUUCCGAGCACAAACAUCAAGAUCACGUUCACUGCCCUGUCCAGUGAGAAGAGGGAGCAGCAGGAGGCGCCUGCGUCUCCGGUGAAGCCCGUGCAGCCACACAUCUCACCCCUGACCAUCAACAUUCCAGACACCAUGGCCCACCUCAUCAGCCCCCUGCCCUCCCCGACAGGAACCAUCAGUGCUGCAAACUCCUGCCCAUCUAGUCCCCGGGGAGCGGGGUCUUCAGGGUACAAAAUGGGCCGUGUGAUACCAUCUGACCUCAAUUUAAUGGCUGACAACUCACAGCCAGAAAACGAAAAGGAAGCUUCAGGUGGAGACAGCCCAAAGGACGAUUCAAAGCCACCUUAUUCCUACGCACAGUUAAUAGUGCAAGCAAUUACAAUGGCUCCCGACAAGCAGCUCACUCUCAAUGGGAUUUACACGCACAUCACUAAGAAUUAUCCCUACUACAGGACUGCGGACAAGGGCUGGCAGAAUUCAAUUCGCCACAAUCUCUCUCUGAAUCGUUAUUUCAUCAAAGUACCACGUUCCCAGGAAGAACCAGGCAAAGGCUCAUUCUGGAGGAUAGACCCUGCUUCUGAAAGCAAAUUAAUAGAGCAGGCUUUUAGGAAAAGACGGCCUAGGGGCGUGCCUUGCUUUAGAACCCCUCUGGGACCGCUCUCUUCUAGGUAAGGAAAAAAGAGGAACAGAAAGAGCUCACUUAAUGUGCUGUCUGCUCACUCCAGUGGUGCCCAGACCCCUGAGAGCCUGUCAAGGGAAGGUUCACCGGCCCCCCUGGAGCCUGAGCCCGGUGCCUCACAGCCCAAACUCGCUGUCAUCCAGGAAGCCCGGUUUGCCCAGAGCGCACCAGGAUCACCUCUGUCGAGUCAGCCAGUCCUGAUCACCGUCCAGCGGCAGCUACCACAGACGAUGAAGCCUGUCACCUACACUGUGGCCACCCCUGUGACCACCUCAACUUCCCAGGCGCCCGUCGUGCAGACGGUCCACGUUGUCCACCAGAUACCAGCGGUGUCAGUCACCAGUGUGGCUGGACUGGCCCCAGCAAACACGUACACUGUCGCUGGACCAGCCAUGGUCACUCAGGCGGCUGUCCUGGCUCCUCCUAAGGCAGAGCCACAAGAGAAUGGAGACCACCGAGAAGUGAGAGUGAAGGUAGAACCUAUCCCCACGAUGAGCCACGCUGCGCUGGGCACUGCUAGCCGCAUCAUUCAGACGUCACAGACCACUCCUGUGCAGACGGUCACCAUAGUACAGCAGGCACCUCUAGGUCAACACCAGCUACCAAUAAAAACUGUCACACAAAACGGCACGCACGUGGUCCCCAUCCCUGCCACUGCGGUCCACGGCCAGGUGAACAAUGCAGCGGCGAGUCCUUUACACAUGCUGGCCACCCAUGCAUCGGCCUCAGCGUCCCUGCCCACAAAGCGUCAGAACGGUGACCAGUCAGAGCAGCCAGAGCUGAAGCGGGUCAAGACAGAAGAUGGUGAAAGCAUCGUCAUCGCCCUGAGUGUGGACACUCCUCCAGCAGCAGGGAGGGAAAAGGGCGUCCAGAACUAGCGAUGGGCAGAGCUUUCCUCACUUAAAAACAUCAACUUUGUGGUGCCAAAAGGAGACAUUGCCUCUCACCGAUCCUCAGAGUGCGUCCUCUCUUCGGUGGGUAAAGGGCCCUGCGGUUGGACUUCAUCUCUCAGCACUGAAAACACAAAACCCAGGUGGCCUUAAAACUCCUUAAUUUAAAGACAAAAGUCACACUUGAACAAAAACCACACACAACAAAACCUGGUUCCAGAGAUAGCAUCUCCCCUGCCGGGCACUCGCCGGCUGCCGCCUUUAGGCUGAGCUUUUUAACUGCGAGCAGAAAUUCGUGGUCCUUCCUCGAGGACUGAGCAUCUCCAUCCGAGGAUAGCGUGGCCAGCACCUGGUGCAAGCGGAGCUCCCGGGACUGGGCCUCCUGGAGGGGACAGGGCAGGAGCCGCCCUGGCUUCCCCACAGGACCCGCUGGCUGGCAGUGGGAGGCAAGACAGUAUUUCGUUGUGUACACGUGGAUUUAGAAUAUUUUGAGGUGUACUUUCUUUACAGAAUGAUGGGGUCUUUGGCAUUUCACAUCACUCCAUUUCUACUCUGGAAAUUUUGGAAUCACACAGGAUCUUUCAUGUGGAUUUCAUUUGGGGAGAAGAAACAACCUAGUUUUGUUCGUUUUUGUUGUUUGUUUUCAGCCUACGGAAUGAUUUGCUUUUGUCUGUCCUGUUAAAGUUUAGGUGGAGCUACUUUAUGAUAUCUGCACAUUUUCCGUAGAGCAGUUGCCUGAUAAAUUUAAUCCACCUCCAUUUCAGUGUGUAGGGUGGACGGUGGACACCGCGGCUGCAUGUACCGUGAGAAUCCGGGGACGAGCCGGGGACGAGCAGGGGACGGGAGAGAACUGCUGGGGCUCAUCCGACUGCACUUACCUGUUCUCUUUCUUGCUAUUUUUUGUUGUUUGUUUCCUUGUGUUGACUUUGUCCCUGGCAUAAUUUCCACUCUAAGUAAAACAAGUCUCCUAAAUA